AAAUCGACUGUCUACCACCUCUAAUAAGCGCCUCAUUUCACAUGUGAAAGGGAGAAUUUCACUGGCCAGUAUUAAAUUAUUCGUAAAAUCACAACAAUCAGACUGACGAUAAGCAAUUCCUAUGGCGGACACCAAGGAGACGAUAACGGAGGGCGUGGAGGCCCUGACACUGAAUGGCAAGCCGGAAUCAGAGCAGGUGGAAACGGGUACAAAUGCCCUGGCGCAAGAGGGAGUUCCGGAGGCACCUGCUGAAGAUGUUGUGGAUCCGUGGAAUGUAGCUAGUAGCAACGACGCGGGCGUCGACUACGACAAACUGAUAAAACGCUUUGGGUCAAGCAAAAUCGAUGCGGAUCUUAUCGCUCGCUUCGAAACAAUCACUGGUAAGCCAGCGCACCACUUGAUCCGUCGUGGCAUGUUCUUUUCGCAUCGGGAUCUGCACACCAUUCUCUCGUUGCGGGAAAGUGGAAAACCUUUCUACUUGUAUACUGGUCGUGGUCCUAGCUCUGGUUCCUUGCAUGUGGGUCAUCUGGUGCCCUUUAUUAUGACCAAGUGGCUGCAGGAAACUUUCGAUGUACCGUUGGUUAUUCAGUUAACCGACGAUGAAAAGACUUUAUGGAAGGAUCUGAAGGUGGAGGAUGCCAUUAAGUUGGCACGAGAGAAUGCCAAGGAUAUUGUUGCAAUGGGUUUUGACGUUAACAAGACAUUUAUAUUCAACAACUUGGAGUUCAUGGGCAAGUGCCCAGCCAUGUACCAGAACAUCAUUCGCAUUCAAAAAUGCGUGACCUUCAACCAAGUAAAGGGAAUCUUCGGCUUUGGUGAUUCUGACAUUAUCGGCAAGAUCGGCUUCCCUGCUGCUCAAGCUGCUCCCGCCAUCUCCAGUACUUUCCCGUUUAUCUUUGGCAACAAGAAGGUGAAUUGUCUUAUUCCGUGCGCCAUUGACCAGGACCCGUACUUCCGCAUGACCCGCGACGUAGCUCCUCGUUUGGGAUUCCCGAAGUGUGCGCUCAUUCACUCCACCUUCUUCCCCGCACUGCAAGGUGCCAAAACGAAAAUGUCGGCAAGUGAUCAGAACUCGGCGGUGUUCUUGACGGACACCCCGAAGCAGAUCAAAAAUAAAAUCAACAAGUACGCCUUCUCUGGCGGUCGCGCUACUGUGGAGGAACACCGUAAACUGGGUGGUAUUCCGGAUGUUGAUGUGUCCUAUCAGCUACUUAAAUUCUUCCUGGAAGAUGAUGUUCAACUAGAGAAGAUUCGUCAGGCUUACAGCAAAGGCGAGAUGCUUACGGGCGAGAUUAAGAAGCUGGCCGUGGAGACUCUCACACCUAUUGUGGAGCAGCAUCAGGCAGCUCGCAAACGUAUUACUGACGAAUUUUUGAACAAGUUCUUUGAACUGCGACCUUUGCAGUUCGGCAGUUAAAAGUCUUACUACGCUGAGUUACCUGCAUUUGAAUUGACAUCGAUUUAAAUAAAUGUUUUUUAUGAAAUUAGCUUAAAUCGAACUAAGGGCGAUUAGUUCACUAUCGAGCCGAUUAAAGCACUCCUAUGUAUAUAGUUCUAAUGAAUCGAUCUGUGCCGGUGGCUAUGAGCCCAAUUGGCGCCCACUUAAUGCUUCAAUGUACUCGCUAUUUAUUUUAAUUUUUUACACACUGUGUUUAUUUUUAUAAAGCAGAAAACAAUAAACGGCUUCGAUUUGCAA